AGGAUGCAAAAAGGAAAUAUUAAAAGAGAUAAUUAAAUGCAUUCCAUGCGACAAAAUCUUUCACCCGAGUUGCCAUAAACUGCACAAGAAGUACAACGUUGGUGACGAAUUAGUACACUGUGUAGGGGCCACAGAAACCAUAUUAUUAAUGGAAAAGAAAAACACAGGAGCGAGUAGUAGCAAGGAGAGGAAACAAUCCACGGGGGAGAAGAUACCUUCUCUGGAUGAGAAGCUUGAUAAAAUUGUAGAAAUUGUAAGUGACAUGAGACACAAUAUAGUGGAAAAAAGAGAUAUUAAAAAACUCAUUACAGAAAUUGUUAAAGAAGAAAUUGAGGAAAUAAAACAGGAAGUUAUUUAUUGGAAAGAUAUGGAAUUAGAGACUCUAGUUAGGAAAACUGUAAGUGAGGAAGUAAAUAAAAUAAAAAAAGAUCUACUGAACUUUGUGCCACAAAACAUUCAAGUUGUACAAAGUCAACCAAAGAGCUAUAGGCAAGCAGCCAAAUCGGAAAAUAUCAUCAUAGUGAAACCAGUCCAGGAACAAGGAAGUGAGACCACAAAGAAACAAGUAAAAGAAAGAAUCGAUAUCAAGAGCAUGCAUAUUGGAGUCACAAAAGUAAAAAAGGGUAGAGAUGGUGCGGUCAUACUGGGAUGCAGCACAAGAAGUGAAAUUCAAGGCCUGAAGAAUACGAAUAGGCAGAAGAAGCCUAAGAUAAGAAUAAUUGGAAUAGAUGCAGAAGAGAUGGAAAUGAAUGGUAGCCAAAUGAUAGAAACAAUAAAAACUCAAAAUGACAUGAAUGCGUCCCAUAUGAAAAUAAUCAAGAAGAUAAGAAAAACUGUAAGAGUGGGAGAGCAAAAUGAUAGAAGAAACACGGAAGGUACGGUGAUACUUGAAGUAGAUACUGAAACGCACAAAAAAAUAAUUGAGAAGAGGAAACUUAACUUGGGAUGGAAAAAAUGUCCAGUACAAGAUUUUGUAAGUGUUAAAAGAUGUUUUAAAUGUUGGGGAUACAAUCACAUUGCGAAGUAUUGCAAACGAGAAGAGGCGUGUCAGCACUGUGCGGGUAAGCACAAAGGCAGUGAAUGCAAAGAAACAAAGAAAAGAUGCGUAAACUGUAUGUUUAAGAUACAAAAGUAUCAUGUGUCGAUAAGCGAUGAACAUGAUGCACUUGAUAAAGAAUGUCCCACAUUCAAGAGGAUGAUGGAAGAAGAACGGAAGAGAACAGAACACCUCGUUGAUGAAUAGCAAUUAAGGUGCAGAAGAGAAAUACUAAUGUGCACAAAUGCGCAAAGUUUACUGAUACAUAAGGACGAAAUUGAAUAAGAACUUCUUAGGAAGAGGAGGCCCAUGUUCUCGGCCUUGACGGAAACAAGGCUAACAGAAGACAUUAUGGAGGCUGAAAUAAAAGUGGCGGGAUAUAAUAUAGUAACAUGUGACUCUGAAAAUAGGAGAACAGGUGGGGUAUUAAUA